UAAUCUAUUCUCUCUAGUGUUCUUCCCAAACAAACAAAUGAAGCUCUUGUUUUACCUUGUUGUGUUCUUUCUCCUUUUAAAUGGUUUCACAGCCAACAGAGUUGCAAAUUCCCUGAUUCGAGAUUCUUGCAAGAAAGCUUCAAAAAUGUCGGAACCACAUUACUACAAGUUCUGCAUUGCAUCUAUCAGCGAAAACCCGGAGAGUCAAAAAGUAAGAAAUAUCGAUGAAUUGAUCGGAGUAGGAGUGAAAAACGCUAUUUCGAACAUGACGAACGUGAAAGGAAUUGUGGAGAGGAUUCUGAAGGACAGAAAGUAUACGAGUAAAAUGAGUGAGAAGAUGUUGCGCGUUUGCGUUAAGCUUUAUUCUGAGGGCACUAACUUGUUAACCAAAUGUUUAGAGUACAUUAAAUUGCGGGAUUUCGAUAAAGUCCACAAUACUAUUCGUCAUGCAAGAGUUGUUCCGAGAGAGUGUGAAAUGGGAUUCAAUGACGAUAAUAAACAGAAAUCUCCGGUGACGAAAGAGAACGAUGUUCUAUUCGACACCGUCGACAUUGCUCAGUCUUUUAAUUACUAUGCUCAUAUAAGGCCAGACAUCGUAUAGUGUCUAGCCUAACAGCCCCUCGGUAAUGUUUCUUAGUUUGUUAUACAACAAUGAAUUAAUGAAAAAAUAUAAGGUCAGAGUUUACGUACAACUUUCAUCGAGAUAGGAAUGAAUCUAUGUUGCACCAUUUCAAAUCAUGUCUCCUAUUUUCACCUUUUCUAAAUUUCUUUGACAAGCUACAACACAUAUUUAAUAAAAAGUUUUGUUCUUACCACACUUCUCAAUUUUAAAAAAUUU